AUGAAGGGAUCUUCGCGUUCGUCUUCUUCGCUCGUCGGCCAGCGAGAUGAGCAAGAAAUACCCGCCGUCGGGACAACUCUGGCGCCGGAGCAGAACCAGCAACCCGCCGUUAGGCAACGCGUCCGCCGUUCCCAGAAGACUUGUCUCCGGUGGACCCCUGAUCUUCACCGCCGCUUUGUGUAUGCAGUUGAGAACCUCGGUGGAGCAGACAGGGCAACUCCAAAGAUGAUUUUGGAAUUGAUGAAUUUGAAAGAUCUUACCAUACUUCAAGUGAAGAGCCACCUUCAGGCGUACCGGAAGGCGAGGAACGCCGGGACGUCGAAAGAAGCUGCAGCUGUAGCAGCAGCAACAACAACAGAAAGGAACAUGAGAGAUGAUCAAGGGGAGGGGCUUCUGAUAGAUGGCGGCGAUAAUGUUCAGGGAACUGCUGGAAGAGAAGGCACUGGAAAUAACACCAUGUCAGAAUCAGUUGGUUCCAAAAAUCCUGAACCUUCUACUGGAGAUGAAAACGGCAUCUCUCUUGAACUAACUCUAGGUUAA